GUGUGCUCAGUGCCAACUGCUUCUUGUGCGUGUGUGUGUGUGAGUGGGCUAAACGCAAAAAGUGUAAAACGAAUGAAAUAAUUAAACAAUUAAGCUAAAGUGCAAAAGCAAGCGUCAAUUGUGCACCAAAUAUAUGAAAUUUGUUGUUUAAAGUGCAAUAUAAAGUUAUCUAGGGGAGAGCAGAGAUUGAUUUCCCCCCACGCAUAGUGAAAGUAUUAUGGAAAAAGGAUGUUCAGCUGCUAGCAGUAAUUGUAAAAGUGCCGAGGAAGCUCAGCAGGAGCUAAGCGAACUAAAGCCUGAGAAGGAGAAGGAAAAGGAGAAGAAGACGACGACACCACAAGGACCUCAGUCAAAGCCAAGCACUAGCCAAGUGAGAUUGGAAGCAGGAGCAGAAGAACCAGAAGAAUUAGAACAGAAGGAAGCAGAAGAAUCCAUGUCCAAGUUGAGAGCGGAAGACGUGGCAGACGUGGACUGUGUUUCGCACUCUUCGCACUCACACGAACAUGAACACGGACACGGCUUUGCCGUAGUGCUCGAUGAUGAGUCCAGCACGGAGACGGGCGUGCUGGAGACAUUCGAGAUCAGCUCUUCCAACUCACUGCCCCCCAGCCACAGCACGGGAGCACGGAGUGCUGCGUCCACAGUCGGUGUUGUUGUUGUUGUGCCCGUUGACGAUAGCUCCUCCACAGAUACUCUCUCAAAUGGCAAUGAGAAUGAGAAUGGCAAUUCGGAGGAUCACAGCGUCAGCGCCAGUUCAAUGAAUAACGUGUUCUUUAACGAUAACGAUAACGAGCCGCCCGUUGUAUGCCUUAUAAACGAUGACGAUGAUUUUGACGAGGAGGAAAUUGUCGAGGAUGAGGAGGAAGACGACGAAGAUCAAGAUCAAGAUGAUGAGGAACAACAACAACAGCAGCAGCAACAGCAACAAUCAAUGCCCAUAGAUUGCCCCAACACAUCACAAUUGGAUGGCGGCAUCAUCACAACAGCCGACGGCUCGAAAAUCUUUCUGGAGACGCCUGUCGUGGAGGAGCCUCAAUCCCAUCCCAUCAAUCAUCAUCCCAGCAACGCAACAGCUGCCAAUGUGACUCAAUCCGAGCUAUUGACGGGCAAACCGAAGCGUCUCAGUGAUGAAUUUGAUGCGCCGGAUCAGGAGCAGGACCAGGAGACGACAAGAGGAGUCAAGUCUGAAAUGGAAGCUGGGCAGGAAGAUGUGGCAUCCACAUCGCUGCACGACAGACAAAUGUCCGUGCGUCUGAAGCAAAUGAGCCUCACCGCCAACUCGAACUCAAAGGAGGCCAUGUCAUCAUCCCAUUCACUGUCCAAGGCGGACAUUGAGUCCAUGGAUCGCAUUGAGCGUCGUGACUUUGAGACCGAACAGAGAUUAACUGGCGGCAUUGUGCUGGGCACCAGUAAACUAAUCAAUAAGAAUCGUCUUAAUCUAAGUCUGAUUAAUGCGGCAGGAGCAACUGUUGGAGGAGCAGCAGCCGGAGCGGGAGGAGCAUCAGCUGGUGGCGUUAACAGCAGCAGCAGCAGCGAUGAUUGGCCAAGCAGCAGCAAUGGACGCGCCUUCUCCUCGGACAGCAAGUGCACCUACAAGGAUCUGUCCACGACGCCAACGAGCAGCAGGAAAUAUACCAAUAGUCGACUGAGCAAGUCCACUGCCAAACUAAAUUUGGGCUCCACGCUGGGAACAGCAAACACAGCCGCAGGAGCAACAGGAGGAGUUGGAGGAGCAGGUUGCCCCCAGCACAGUUCCAGCUCCAACGCGUUGAAAUCCUCGGUGAUUGUGGAACCCAGUGGCAGUAGCAGCAGCAGCAAUGCCUCCACUACCACCUCCACAUCCACUUCAUCCACAUCCACAUCCGAUGUCUACACGAAUACCAACUCGAAUGACAAUCUUAAUGCAGCCGCAGCGGAUAAAGACAGCUCCUCCUCGGAUAAGGACAACUCGACGUUGACAGUUGCUCCAGUGGCCGCAUCCACGUCCACAUCCACAUCCUUUAGUUCCGUGGGCUCGCAAACGACCAGCCAGGAAGGUGGCUGCAGUCGGACGAGUGUGGUUCCCUGUGCUGCCUUCCAUCAGGAUGUGGAUGCCCAGCCCUCCACCUCGGCCACAUCCACCACGUCCUCGGCACGCUGUCAUUAUGCUGCAGCCACAUCGAAGGUGGCCACCAGACAGGUGAACGCCAGCGCACAGACUCAGGAGCGUUUUCUGGCCAGGAGUGGUUUGACAGCAGGCGGCGGAGCAGGAGGAGCAGGAGCUGGUAACAACAAUCGCAGUCGACGACGUGUGGAGGCCACUCGCAAUGGUUCCAACGAUGUCAUUGUCCUGGAAGUGGUUGUUGAGGAGAAUGCCAAUGGGGAGGGUGCCCACGUGGAGCCGGGAGAUUUCAGUGCAGAUGAACCGUGGGGCAACUGCGAUGGCGAUGAGGAGAACAACUGCUCGGAUCUGGAGGAGAUUUGCACGUGCCAGAACAGCAUGAUGGCCAACAGUCGUAGUGGCAGCAAUGGCAGUCUUAGCGAGGGAUUGGACAUGGAUGCCACCGAUGGCUAUCAUCAUCAGGGCACAGCUGGCGAGGAAUCUCUAGGCAUCACAUCCGUCUACUGCUCCCAGCAACGCAAGCGAAAGUACAAUGAGGGACGUCUCCUGGAUGGUGACUACUCCAUGAGCUUGGCAGGCAGUGCAGGAACAGCAGGAGGAGCCGGAGCAGGUGGAGCUGCUGGAGGCGAAACAGGCGAUAACAGUCGUAAGCGUAUCGCCUAUGAUUUUGCCUCGACACCACGAUCCUCGUCCGCCUCCGCCGCCUCCUCGGUGAUGCUCUCGAUGACGCCAACGGGUGCGGGAUUGGGACUCGGCUUGGGCUUGGGAUUGGGUGUGGGCAGCUCCCCAGCUCUGGGCAGGCGCACACCGCGUGCUUUGAUGCCGACACGCGACAAUCCGCCGCCAGAGCUGCAACAUUGGUUGGCCCAAUUCCAACGCUGGUCCCAUGCCGAGCGUCUGCUCGCCGUGGACCGUCUCAUCGAUCACUGUGAUCCCUCGCAGGUGCGUCACAUGAUGAAGGUGAUUGAGCCGCAAUUCCAGCGGGAUUUCAUCUCUCUGCUGCCCCGGGAACUUGCCCUCUUCGUGCUCUCGUAUCUGGAGCCCAAGGAUUUGUUGCGGGCAGCGCAGACUUGUCGCAGUUGGCGCUUCCUCUGCGACGACAAUCUGCUGUGGAAGGAGAAGUGUCGUAAGGCCCAGAUCCUCACCGAGUCGCGCAGCGAUCGCCCCAAACGUGGACGGGAUGGCAAUAUGCCGCCCAUUGCGUCGCCGUGGAAGGCUGCAUACAUGCGACAGCAUAUCAUCGAGAUGAACUGGCGCUCCCGUCCAGUGCGCAAGCCCAAGGUGCUCAAGGGUCACGAUGACCAUGUCAUCACCUGCCUGCAGUUCUCCGGCAAUCGUAUUGUCUCCGGCUCCGACGACAACACACUCAAAGUGUGGUCCGCUGUCAAUGGCAAGUGCCUUCGCACCUUGGUGGGACACACGGGUGGCGUUUGGUCCUCGCAGAUGUCGGGCAAUAUCAUCAUCUCGGGCAGCACAGAUCGCACCUUGAAGGUCUGGGACAUGGACAGCGGCAGCUGCGUUCAUACGCUACAGGGACACACCUCGACAGUGCGCUGCAUGCAUCUGCAUGGCAACAAGGUCGUCAGCGGUUCCCGAGAUGCCACACUGCGUGUCUGGGACAUUACACUGGGCACCUGUCUCCAUGUCCUGGUUGGUCACCUGGCGGCGGUGCGUUGUGUGCAAUACGAUGGCAAGCUGAUUGUUUCCGGCGCCUACGAUUACAUGGUCAAGAUCUGGCAUCCGGAGCGACAGGAGUGUCUGCACACGCUGCAGGGACACACAAAUCGCGUCUACUCGCUGCAGUUUGAUGGUCUCCAUGUGGUCUCCGGCUCAUUGGACACCUCGAUACGUGUGUGGGAUGUGGAGACGGGCAAUUGCAAGCACACACUGAUGGGUCAUCAGAGUCUCACGUCGGGCAUGGAACUGCGUCAGAAUAUACUCGUCUCCGGCAAUGCCGACUCCACAGUCAAAGUCUGGGACAUCACAACGGGACAGUGUCUACAGACGCUAUCGGGUCCAAACAAGCAUCAGUCCGCUGUCACUUGCCUGCAAUUCAAUUCACGCUUUGUGGUGACCAGCUCCGAUGAUGGCACCGUCAAGUUGUGGGACGUCAAGACGGGCGACUUUAUACGCAACCUGGUGGCACUGGAUUCGGGUGGUUCCGGCGGAGUUGUGUGGCGCAUAAGGGCAAAUGACACGAAACUGAUUUGCGCUGUGGGAUCGAGGAAUGGCACCGAGGAAACAAAGCUGAUGGUAUUGGACUUUGAUGUGGAGGGCGCUUGUGUCAAGUGCUCAUAGGAUCAUCUGUGCCAGGAUCAGUUCCAAUUGAAGCCGCCACCUGUCGGCAGAACAAGAAAAAGGCGCACUCUACUCUAUGUUAUGAUAAACGCAAAAUGCCAGAACCGUUAAAGGCUGCCGCUUGUAACGGUAACGAGCAGCUGGAGGCGAUAAAUACAUUGCAAACACACACACACACAUAUACACCCAUCUAAAUGCCAACAUACACACACACACACACACAUUUAUACACAGAGAUGACAUGCCUAUCUGUAAUCGAUAAUUGGAUUGGUUAUCGUUGCUUGCCUUGCCAACAAAUGCAGCUGCUCACACACACACACACAAACACAUAUACACACACAUUUGGGGAGUUGGGUUGUGAGUGGGAGUGUAAUGUUUAUCAAUGUUAUCAUUUGUUUAAAUUGCGUUGCUUUAUAGCCAAAAUUUGUUUUCCACAAUAGAAUAAUUUUUGCUUCUUAGUUAUUAAAAUGCGUAUAUAACACAUUUAUACAUAUUACAGAUAUAUAUAUAUAAAUCUAUUAUAUACAAUUCGCAUUGAAAGUCGAGUUAGUUACACAUACAUAUACAUAAUUAUAUACGUAUUAUGCAUAUACUUAUACAUCUAUAUACACACACACUUAUAUAUUUUGUUCCGUGUCGAAUGAAGAACCUGAACCUUUAUGAAGAGGAAGAGAAGAUAAAAGAAAAACACAGCUUUAUAUUCAUUAAAUUGUUUAAUUGAAUUGAUUAUGAUAAUGUUAAUAUUGCCUUUAGAGCAUUUGGUAUUCCCAUCUAUUAUUUUGUGGUUUCCUUCGAUCUGUUUACGUUUAUAAUACACACACACACAUUUAAAUGCAUACGCAUCAAGUACGUAUUUGAUUCUUCCGUUUAUUAUGUGUUUUUGUUAAAAAGGCUUCCAUGUGGAGGAAGCUCCAUUCAAUUUCUAUGUUGGUAUAUGCUUAAAAUUUAUUAUUAUAAAUUAUUUAGUUCUUUUUUGCCAAAAGUCCGUGCAGAAUUAGGAGUUAAGUAUUCCGGGGUACUCAUUUUUGGGGGAGCAGCUCACACACUCACACAUAUACAAACAAAAAAAUACACACACACACACACACAAAAGCAUUAAGCGAACAUAUAUUUUAAUUAUAGACUGAUUUAUUAGUAAUUGAAAUUAAUCUACAAAUUUAAGCAUAAAUCUGAAUAAACGCAGGAAUAAUAGUUAAAACAAAGUUAAAUAAAAUGCAUGUGCAUGUGA